UGGAGUGAUUCUCGGUGGGAUAUUGUUGCCGGACCUGAUCAAGGCCGUUCCGUCAGCAUUUUCAGACGCAAAGGAAUCGCGACUGCUGGGAGGGAGCUUCGAUUUGCACCUUUAGAGAUCGCAGCAGCAAAAAAUGAACGGAACCCUGGGGAAGGUGCUGUGCCUGCGGAACAAUACCAUUUUUAAGCAAGGCUUUUCUCUCUGCAGAGUCAGAGCUUUGGGAGAGAAUUCCUCUUAUUCUGCAGGUGCCAUUCUACUGGCUACCAGUCGGCAUUAUAAGACAAAGCCCACUCAUGGCAUUGGAAGAUACAAGCACCUAAUUAAAGAACAAGAGCCCAAGAAGAAGGGAAAAGUGGAAGUGAGACCCAUUAAUUUGGGGACAGAUUAUGAAUAUGGGGUUUUAAACAUUCACGUAACUGCAUACGACAUGACCCUGGCAGAGAAUUAUGCCCAGUAUGUUCAUAACUUCUGCAACCAUCUCUCCAUCAAAGUCGAGGAAAGUUAUGCGAUGCCCACUAAAACCAUGGAGAUACUGCAGCUGCAAGAAAAAGGCAGCAAAAUGUCCCUGGACUCAGUUCUUACUAUCCAUGAGCGAGUGAUUCAGAUCAGCGGUUUGAGCGCCACAUUUGCAGAGAUUUUCUUGGAAAUACUCCAAAGCAAUCUUCCUGAAGGAGUCAAAUUGUCAGUAAGGGAGCACACUGAAGAAGACUUCAAGGGAAGGUUCAAAGCUCGGCCAGAACUAGAAGAGCUAUUGGCCAAGUUGAACUAGUUAUUGCAGAUCCUUUCAUGCCCCAGCACUGAUGAUAUUAAGUGUCAAGGAGAAGAGCUUUCAGAUGGUCAGGGUUAAGUAGGAGACCCUGGCCCUUAGAUUUCAUAAGUACCCAUUCCCACAUCCUCUGUAGCAUGGCUGCACUUGCCAGUUCUUACCACAUACCUUUGUGAUAACACAGGGUAUCCUCUAAUAAAAAUCUGCUACUGCUGAUGCUUGUGUGUGGGGGGGAGCAGAGAGAGACAGAAAGACAGUAAGUAAGAGAGAGGAGUGGUAGGAGGAAAAAGGCCAUCCUGCCAUCCUGUGGAGCAUUUUUAACUAAGGGAUUCUCUUUUCUCUUUGAUGCUUUUCUUUCCCCUUCAGUUUAAAGCAAUCUUUCAUGGAGUCCUAUAGUGAAGUGUGGAUGAUAGCAUGAGUAUAGUCUCUGUAUUAGUUUGUUUUCUAUUGCUAUAAUGAAAUACCUGAGGCAGGGCUUUUAAAAAAAAAAAAAACUUUUAUUGUAGAUGAACACUAUAUCUUUAUUUUAU